GAAGAAGUCAAAAACGUUGGUAUUUUUGGAUUUUAGUUUUUUUAGAACUGCAAGUUGCAAGGUUGUGGUGGUGCUUAAUGGAAUGCAUUCUCGGUUUUCUUUUCUUUGCACAACUAAAGUGAAAAAGUUCAAAUUAAUUUAGAAACAAUUAUUAAAUUUAAAAAAAUAAAAAUUAACAGUGAUAGUGAUGGAGUGUAGAAAAGAUUGUCAUUCACUUUCUUUAAUACUCCUUGGCAUAAUAUCAAUAACUACGAGUAUGCUUCUUCAAGUGGAUGGACAGACAAUUAACGUUGGACUGCUUUAUGAAUCCACAAAUUCCGGCAUGGAAAAGAUAUUUCAAAAAGCAAUUGAUGACGCCAAUGAAAGCAAUGAAAUCAGCCAAUUAUCCGCCGUUACAACUGCUAUAACUCCUGGAAAUGCUUUUGAAACAUCAAAGAAGCUUUGUAAAAUGCUCCGAUCAAGUGUAAUCGCAGUCUUUGGACCAUCUACCACCUUACCCGCCGCACAUGCUAUAAGCAUUUGUGAUGCCAAGGAACUACCAUUUAUGGAUACUCGUUGGGAUUUUUCCGUGCAAUUGCCAACCAUCAAUCUACACCCCCACCCGACGCAAUUGGCUGUGGCUUUACGAGAUUUGGUCAUAACGCUCGGGUGGCGAGGGUUUACUAUUCUCUAUGAAACUGGUGAAUAUCUUUCAAUUGUAAAUGAAUUACUUAAGCUGUACGGAACGAAUGGUCCAGUUGUUACACUUCGUCGGUAUGAACUCGACAUCAACGGUGACUACCGCAAUGUGCUGCGAAGGGUGAAAAAGUCUGAUGACUUUUCAAUAGUGGUUGUAGGAUCCAUCGAAACUCUUCCGGAACUUUUAAGUCAGCUUCUUCAAGUUGGAAUUAUGAACGACGAAUAUCGCUAUGUAAUAGGAAACCUAGACUUGCAAACUAUCGACCUCGAGCCAUACCAAUAUGGUGAUGUUAAUAUAACGGGUUUUCGGUUAGUUUCACCAGAGAACCAGCGCGUAAUGGAAAUACUGAAAUCCUUGGAUGGGAACGAGGAGGCUUCUUUUCAAAAUGUUUCCUGCCCGAUGAGUGUGAACAUGGCAUUGGCCUAUGAUGGAGUCCAGUUACUGGCUGAAACAACUAAGUAUGUCAAUUUUCGACCAGUUCAAUUAAAUUGCAAUGACAACGAGAGCUGGGAAAAGGGUUUCACUUUGAUAAACUACAUGAAGUCGCUCUCAAUAUCAGGCAUAACUGGCGAAUUGAAAUUCGACAAUCAAGGGCUACGCACCGAUUUUCAGCUUGACACAAUUGAGUUGACUUCUUCGGGACUUUCCAAAAUAGGCACAUGGUCUUCAUCUCAAGGAUUUUCGAUAAAUCGCAAGCCAAUCCAAAAUUCCUUCGAAGUUGAUAAUCGUUCCUUGGUGAAUAAGACUUUUGUUGUUAUUACAGCUUUAACUGAUCCAUAUGGUAUGCUUAAAGAAACACCUGCCAAAUUAGAAGGAAAUGAUCGAUUUGAAGGAUUUGGAAUUGAUCUAAUUGCAGAACUUGGAAGUAAACUUGGUUUUAACUUUGUAUUUAAAAUACAGGAAGACAGUAAAUAUGGCUCACUCGAUCCAGUGACAGGAAAAUGGAAUGGAAUGAUUUUAGAAAUUAUAGAAGGUAGAGCUGACCUUGGCAUAACUGAUUUAACAAUGACAUCGGAUAGGGAAAGUGGUGUUGAUUUUACCAUUCCCUUUAUGAAUCUAGGAAUUGCAAUUUUAUACAAAAAGCCCGUCACGGAGCCGCCGAAACUGUUUUCGUUCAUGUUACCGUUCUCAGGAGAAGUCUGGUUAUUACUGGGAUUGGCUUACUUCGGGGUUUCGGUGAGCCUGUUUGUUCUGGGGCGUUUAUCUGCAGCCGAAUGGGAUAAUCCGUAUCCUUGUAUCGAAGACCCAACCGUACUAACAAAUCAAUUUAGUUUCGCCAACUCACUUUGGUUUACAGUUGGCGCUCUAUUUCAACAAGGAUCAGAAAUAGCCCCAAAAGGAUUAUCGACGAGAGUAGUUGGAUCAGUCUGGUGGUUCUUCACAAUUAUCCUUGUAUCUUCUUAUACUGCUAAUUUAGCUGCUUUUCUAACCGUCGAAUCUGUCAGUUCCCCUAUUGAAAAUGUUGAGGAUCUUGCAGCUGGAAAGGGAAAUGUCAAAUAUGGUGCCAAGCGUGGUGGAAGUACUUUUACCUUCUUUCAAGAAGCGAAUUAUCCAACUUAUCAAAAAAUCUAUGAAUUCAUGAAAGACAAUCCACAAUAUAUGACAACGACGAAUAAUGAAGGUGUCGAACGUGUUGAAAAAGAAAAUUAUGCUUUUUUUAUGGAAUCUACUUCAAUUGAGUAUGUUGUUGAACGGAAGUGCACUCUGGGACAAGUCGGAUCGCUGUUGGAUGAAAAAGGCUAUGGGAUUGCUAUGCGAAAAAAUAGUCCUUAUAGAGAUGUCCUUAGCCUGGCCAUUUUAGAACUUCAAGAACAGGGUGUUCUGGCAAAGAUGAAAACUAAAUGGUGGAAAGAAAAGCGUGGAGGAGGAGCAUGUUCGCAAGAUGAUGGUAACAGUCAGGCCAGUGAGUUGGGAAUGCCAAAUCUGGGUGGUGUAUUUUUCGUUCUGUUUGUUGGAUGCAUCCUUGCAAGUCUUAUAGGAGUGUGCGAAUGGAUUUUGAGUAUUUACUUCACAGCCCAAGAGAAUAAGGUACCAUUCAAAAUCGUAUUUCGUGAUGAAUUUAAAUUUGUGAUGCAAUGUUCAGGAAAUACUAAGGCAGUUAAAUAUCCAAAAAUAUCAAGGAGUUCAAGCUCAAGUGAGUGUUCCUAUGGUAGUUCUGGUUUUAAGUCCAAGAGAUCCUCGGAGAGUAUUGAUUCUAUACCAAUGGAAAACUGGGACGACAGUAGAGUACAUAAUUAUCACAGUGAAUAUGAAAAGAGUCACAAAUAAAAGUGACACAUAGAACGAAUAUAUUUAUUGUUAAAAUAUUCUAAAACAAUUGCAUGAAUGAGUUGAAUGAAAAAAAAAAACAAUUUGAAACUCUAUAUAAUUCUUUGUUAUAUUAUUAAAUUUUGAUAUUAUCC